AUGGCGGGUUUGUCUAGACACUUUGGAGAGAAGGUGCAGCCGGAGUUGGAGGGUCUGCAGGCGAUGGUCGCGCGGGAGUUCAAGGAGGAGCCCAGGAUAAGUGACCUCUGGGCGACUAGAGGUCAAGUUAAGGCUCUAGGUAUCUGCGUGUUCCUGGCGAUGCUGCUGCAGCUGUCAGGUAUCGACGUGCUGCUGUUCUACAUGGAGGAGCUGCUGCAGAAGGUGGGCACCAGGAUCUCCGCAGCAGACGGCACCAUCAUCAUGGGUGUCGUGCAGGUGGUGACGAGCUGCAUCACGCCGCUGGUGGUGGACAGGCUCGGCAGGAAGCUGCUCAUGUGGACUACGUCUUUGGGACUUACUAUAUUUUUGGGUAUAAUAGGUGUAUACGCGUUGUUAGACUCCCACUACCAGUACGACGUGGCGCAUGUCGCCUUCAUCCCGCUGCUCUGCCUCGUUAUAUACAUGGUGCUCUUCACAUUAGGUGUGGGUCCUGUGCCGUGGAUCUUGGUGGCGGAGAUGUUCCCCGCGAAGACCAAGUGCCUCGCCGGCGGCAUCGCCUCCUUCAUGUGCUGGCUUGCUGGCUUCGUCUGGACACGGUUUUUCCGCGACGUAGCGGCGUCUUACGGCAUCUAUACAGCCUUCUGGGUGCUGGCUGUGUGCUGCGGCGCCGGCUUCCUCUUCUCUGUCAGCUCCCUGCUGCCAGAGACCAGAGGAAAGACAUUCGAGCAGAUACAGCAAAUGCUCAACAAAAAAGAAGAUACUUCUCCUGUUGAUGUAUAAUUUACUAUUUGUUAAACGGAAUUAUUAUUUUAUUUGUUAAAAUAAUGGCAUUCUUAUAAAAAUAAUUAAAAACUGUUAUAGUAAUUUAAGAAAUAAAAUUAUUACUAAAAAGCUGGAUGUUUCAUUUAUAAGAUCUCAUAUAUUACUAAUUAAAUUUAUUUGCAUUUUUAUAACAAGAUCCUAAUUAAAAGGUAAAAUAACCAAAAACAGACAGCCUCAAUAGGGAAUAUGCAUGUGUUUAUUCUUUUUUAAACGUUUUACUUGUUAUAGAUAACCAGAACAAAAAAUUUGACACAAGAAAAACCAUUUAGCUAAUAAAAACAAAAUGACAAUAAUAUUCGUGCGACUAAAAUGCUGACGUAGUUUACUGGAGUGUUGUGACGUCAACAAACAACAAAGUGUUUGAUUGGUUCUCAGAGUUAAUACAAGUCUGAAGUGUUUAAAUUUCACCUAUAACUUUGGAAAAGCACAAAAAUGUGUUAUAAUGUGGAACAAUACAAUCACGAGAGAAUACACAACAUUAUGUUCAAAAAAUGUUUACUCAGAAUACACGACAAUUUUUUUAUUAAAAUUUCAUUAUUCCUGGUACAAACAAGUGGUAUUUAAUGAUUACUUUCAUUUAUAUUUAAAAGCUAGUUCCGAUAGUGUUCAUAGUAAAAUACUUCAAGAGUGUAUUUCCUUAUAAAUUAAUGUAGAUGAACUGUGUAUUGACGAUAGCGACGCCAUUAUAGAUGUCAUUUGCUUCGACCAAUAGCAUUCGAGAAUUUGAUAGAGAAUUUAAAAAAUACACUUUUUGACUAUUAAAUUUCGCUACU